UGCACCUGUGCAACAGUGCCGCGAAAAAGAACAGGCCAUAUGUGUAAGACAGAAAAUAGCGGCGACCGCAAUCUGAGUUGAAGAUCAUCCGAUAUUGAGGACAGAGUCACGUUAUUAACUCCGGAGGUACCAAUUUCUUUCUUGUUCGUCACAUGUAUUUCCUGGGACGGAAAAUGCGGGUUUGUUUUUAAGGCAAAGUAUUUCUGUCGUUUCCUUACCGCAACCGGUUCAUUCGCGCCUGGAUAAACUUAAUCGCGUUUUUAUAUUAAUGUAUGGCACUUCCUGUAACACGAAGUAAUGUAUAGAAGAUUGCACGGAUUAGCUUAUCAUCGCAAUAUAAUUACAUGUAAUCAUCUAUUCGUUAUUCGCGAAUAGGUGAGACGAAUCCGAACUGAAUCUGCAGGACGCAUUUGGGUCAAGCAAAACACGUUUUAGCGAAAGCGUCCUGAAGGCCGGAUCAUCCUGUUGCACGGUAUGAAACAUUGACACAAUUGCACGUCCUGUAAGGCCCUCCUGGCACGGGUUUAAAAUUGAAUGCCUUUCACCGGCAGCACUUGCGAUCAUGUAACACUUCACGUAACAACCGGACCCGGAAUAAACAUACGUUCGGUGAAGAUGGUCAUAAAAAUCAUCUCGCUCUUCGGCGAAGCAAACUUUAAAAUUCCCUUCCUGAUCGCGCUAAACGCUGCAUGGCGAAGGUGUGUGUUAGGGAGAAAAUACAAUUGAAUCUAUUUGCUGGCGAAUGAACGUGAGAACGGAAACGGACGCUAGAGGUGGCGCAAAUUAAGCUUUAUUGUUAAGGAACGGCAGGAAGAGGCAUUAUCGUUACAAGAAGGAAGUUAGUGGGUAAUGAAACGGUGCGUAUCAGUUCGAAAAUUACGAAACGGAUUACCAUUAUCGAGCCUUUUGCGAAACGUACGACUGAAACGAGCGAAACGAUUAUUAAUACGAGCUACCUAUUAAUUUAUGGCGCGUUAAAGACUUAAUUGGAUCAGGGUUAUAGAUUAUUGAAUAUUUGUCUGCGUUGAGGCAGCGGAUAAUUCAUAUUAGUGCUCUUAAUUUUGUGGAGAAAUAAAUUUUUUUUAAAUCAAGCUUCUUUUGUUUUUCUACGAAAAAAAGGAUAAUUGUGAUAAUGAGAUUCUACUGUUCUUAAUUAUUCUGAAAAAUAAAAUUAAGGAAAACUGAUUUUUUUCUAUUAUUUAGUUAACAUUAUAUUAAAAAAGAAACGAAGAAAAUUGUUUUCCAAAAUUUCCAAAAAUUUUUCUGAUUUAAGAACAGUAAUUUGUAUAUCCUGUUUGUUUGAUUUUAUUGAGUAGAAUUACAUUUUCCAUCUCUCUUCUGAUACUUUUUAUUUUGAAUGAAAUUAUUUUCAUUGUCACGCUGCUUCGCACUCAUGAAUUGCAAGCCGGUGAUUAUACGCAUUUAAACGCAGUCUUUCCAGAUGAAGAUAACAGACUUAUAUUUAAGCGAAAAUGGAAAAUGACAUGUAAAUCAGAUCCAAGAAUGGCGCCUUCGUUAUAACAUGCACGACCAGGGUAUAAUUGACAUCGCUCUCCUUGUUCAGUGAAGGUCGUCCGAAAUGGUUUACGCACAAAGAGAUUGGAAUAAGACAUUAUGAAAUAACGUUCUAACGUAUUCUCGCACAAUGUUAGCAAAUAAGACGUUAUAAAUUUCUUUUGAUGAAAAAGAUAAAGGAAAAAGAUACAAGUGAUAAAACAAGUAAAUGAAUAUUCAAAAAAAAAAAAGGAAUCUAUUAACGUAUCUUGUUAUGAUUAUCCUGUGUGAUUAUAUCAGUUUCGCAAGUUCUGUAAAUUGUUACAAAUUAUCCGAAUCAACCAAAUCUUGGAAGACGAUCGGUCGCCAUCCGGCAGUCUGCGGAGGAAACGAGGUCCUUCUUAUCCAGUCUGCCACCCACGGCAAAACAAAAUAUCGUCCCUCUCUUGCCGAUUACGCGUGACUACACGCGUGCACACAUUCAGCGUGCACACGCACACGAUACGCACGUAUCCCACGUAGAGCAAUAAGUCGUGCUCGCAAACGCUGUGCGCUCUCUCGCGGUCGCUCGUCCGCCUGCCCUCUCGCUCGCUCGCUCGCUCGCUCGCCGCGAGUGGUUUCGAGAUUUCAGCCGCAGUCGUAGACGUUCGGUGCCCACGAUCAGAUCGGGGCACCCGGCACGAGGAGAGAGCCGCGUCGAUCGCGCUCGAGAUCGAUCGAUCGCCCACCGUCGGCGGAAUCGUCGAAGUGUCCCCCACCUCGUCGACAGGGAAAACCCCCUCGACGAGGCGCGCACCACGUGCCUGCAAAGCCGAGGACGGACACGAUUUCGUUAUAUCCGCCGAACGAUCGAUCGAUCGAAUCGAUCGCGAUCUCGCGCGUCGCCGCGAUCAAACCCUUAACACAAACCCUCGUGAGAAGGAGAGAGCAAGUAUAUCGGACGUCGAGGCGGGUGACGCGAGGACGUGGACGGAAACACGGUGCACGGUUCGUUAUCGAUCGACCAAGAGUCGACAGGUCUCGGGAGAUGGAUGCAGCCGCAAAAGAUCGCCGACGAGAUUUCGUUCCGGCAUAGAUCGAUCGGUGUACUUUCGUACGGGGCGAACGACUGUGUGUGAGUUAAUGUAACAUGGUAGCCGGAUGAUCCAAAAUCAAUCAUACAGAGCGAUCAGGGUUGCGUGCGUAUUGGCCAACUUCGAAGUUGGGUGACGUUUCAGAUGUUUGCGAGUGUCAAAUUGUGAGAAGGGGCCAUUUGUAGACCGGCUGCUUGAAGAGCCCGUAAUGAUGAUCAUUAAUGCUUCAAACUACAUCGUAUGACAUUUGACUGCUAUUCUGGAUAAACAGGCUGAAGUAACGAAGAUGGGGAAACUUUCAAGUAUUUAGGUUUCACUGAUAGCCGUCCAGAGAUGUGGCCACGCACGCGGCUCUUCCUCCUGGCAUCGAUACUCGCGUUGCUGAUGGGCGUCCGCGUUACCAGAUCGCAACGUCCGCGACUCGGCGGCGCCGUGAACGUCUUUAGCCGUUACGGCUACCUGAGCAUCAGCAUGCGAGUGGUGCCGCGCAACGACACGGAGACCUGGAUAUUCCGCGAGCCCACCCUCGACAUCUUCAAGAAUUCCACGCCGUUACCGUCUAAGCAACGGCAAGCCGGUAAAACCGGCACUACCAUCUUCGAUGGCGACUUCCACAUGGAGUUUUGCGACAACAUUAGACAGCUUCUACAGGCCUAUUUCCGCGACUUCACUUUCGAGAAGCUCGAGAGACCGUGGCGUGCCUUCACCGGCAGUUGGUCGAAGACAGCCAUAGCCAGGCACCUCGGCAUAAACUCGUCCUUCAUCACGGGCGACCAUUGUUACGUCCUAGUGCGUGUCGCCAGAUUCCGCGAUAAUCAGCGACUCGCCGGUACCGCCGAGACCCUCGUCCUCGACGAUUCCGUGUUACGACAAACUGAAAACGUCACGGUCGGCGAUACCGCGAGCGUAGUGCGAUUCAUCAGGAACUUUGGUUCGCACUACAUCGCUUCCUAUAUCACGGGAAAUUCGCUUUAUCAAGUAUUCGUGUACACUCCUCAGGUAUACUCGCGGAUAAAGGAGCGGUUGAAGACACGGGGAGUCUCGGAGCUGUCAGCCCUCGAGCUGAAUAAUUACUUUUCGCCGUGGUACGCGGAGCAUAUGGGUUCCAUACAAUCGGCAAGUGGCAAUCGUAGCGUGGAGGCAUGGGCUGUGCAACGUCUUCGGGUGCAAUACUACAUCUUCACUUACGCCAGUUUACUAAAGUUGCACGGCGACACUACAUUGCUCAAGCAACUAAACAGCCUGUUGGGCGACGAAGCGUUACUGCAAUUACAAUUGCGAACAUUGGCGCCCGCUUUCAAGGAUUCGAAAAGACGUCAGUGGUUUCUGGAAGUGAUUGACAACUAUUUCAAGCUCUGGGAAGUGAAUAUGUGAUGAUACGUUGAUCAUAGAUGGACAGAAAGCAUUUUUAGGAUAUCAAUCGCUAUCGCUGUCAGUGUGGGAAUGUAAGUAACACUGAUCGUUUUGGCGUGAUGCGAGGAUCCAUGAUGAUUUCUUGGAAUGAUUGCGGCGAUCCAGCGCCUGUCGUAAUACGUCGAGCGCUAACUACAAAGGUUCCUCGGACGGAUAUAUCCUUCUGCCACACAUAUACAAUAAUGCAUGAAUGCUGUUAUUGUUAUAAAUAAGUAUUUAUUAUUGUAAUCAUUAGAAAACAUCUUUAUACAAAAUAUUUUUAAUAUAUCACAAGCAUUAUUCGUACGAUCUGACUGAAGAACGUGGUGUCGCAAUAUACCGUAAAGUUCUUUACUCGAAAUCGAUCCACUGACGUAGUGACAUGUAUUUUAUAUAUAUUUUAUAUAUAUAU